AUGGCAGCCACCCAGCAGACCAUUCUUCAUGUGGUGGUGGUUGGCUUCCAUCAUCAACUCGGAAACCAAGUCGAGGCUGCUUACCCACCGCUGCCCAACGAUGAGCUUCCCGAGCCGUGGACCAACCUGCCAUUCCUGGCCCUUCCGGACGGCUGCCACACAUACACCACCGACGAGGUGUACUUUACGCUCCCAAGCCUCGAAGAUCCGACAGGACGCGUCCAUGGCGUUGCUUGCUUCCGCCAGGUGCGGACUGACGAGCUGCGUGCCGGUGGCAUCGUGCUCGACGCGGCCACCACCCGAUCGCGGGUUCAGAAGGCGCUGGUUGUCCUUGCCCGCACCCCAGCCUACGACGCGCUGGCGAGCGACACCCGCAUCCUUACCCGUGCCUACAUGACGCCUUCGCCCGACGCCUUUGCCGACGCCGCGCUGCUUCCGGCACUAUACGAGAGCCUCUCGCGCAAGCUGGCCAGCGCGGGCCCGGCCGACGUCGCCGCCCUCUCGUCCGCCGACGGCGUCACCGGCGGCGUCCUUGCCGCCCUUGUUACCGCCCUCAAGCAUUCGGUCCUACGGGUAGUCAAGGCGCUGAUCCUCGAGGCCCGUGUAGUGGUCUUUUCGUCGCCAGCGCAACUUGCCUGCCGCGCCCUCGUCGCGCUGCGGAGUAUCCUUGCGGCCACCUUUGACAUGGGCGCUUACGCUGUCGGGCCGUACAUUGUGCUGCAGAGCGUCGACACUGUGGCAAGUGCACCAGCGUUUGCAGUCGCCACCUCGAACGACCUCCUCACACGGCCGGACGUCCUUUCGGCGGCGCUCCUCGUGGAUCUCAAAGCCGCGUCGUGCACUGUCCUUGGCGACAAGUGGAGCAAGGUGCUGAGCCCGACGCUUGAUGACCUGCACUUUGCCGACUCGCUGGUCAAGGCCUGCGUUACCGCACUUCCUGGCGCCGAGGCCGAGCUGGAGGCCUGGCUUGCCUCGCAGCUCACCGGCUACGUUGCCGCGUUUGCAGCCACUGCGGCUGCGGCGCGCAAGCAGCGUCUCGACGUCGGCGACGACGGCGCGCUUGGCGUUGCCCCCUUUGGCCUCCCGUUUGCCCGGGCUUGGACCCGGACGCGAAACUACGGCGUUUGGGCAGACGCUGUCGACGCUGGCGACGUCGGCGCUGCCGGCGACGGUGCCGACCCGACCCACCCCUGCGCAGGCCAGGGCUCUGCCCUCGACUCGAUUUCGCAAAAGAUGGAUGCCAUGCGGGUCAAAGAGCGGCUGGCCAAGGUCUCUGCCACCGCAUCGGCUGCUUUCGGUGCUGUCGGCUCCACGCUCGCUUCGAUGCUGGACGACGACCCGCGCGCCGCAGACUCGCCCGUCCCGCGCGACUUGCACGAGCCGCCACCGCAGCUCAGCUCGGACAUGGCUGCCGAGAGUGCCGCUGCCCCGCCCGCCGCCACCCCUUCUGCACCGUCCACCGCUGAGCCUUCACCUUCCCCUGCGCCCUCACCGUCCUCAACCCCAUCCUCGGUCUGGGGCUUCUUCUCGGUCGUCUCUAAGCAGAUCCGCAAGGCCACAUCCGAGUUUUCCGCCGCCUUUGAGCCACCGCCGCGAUCCGCCUCCAGCGUCAGCGAUGGCGACGUGCCGUUGCCGUCGUCGGCCAAUUCAAGCGCACCAGGGGAUGUUGUCCCACCCGAAGCUGACGCCACCAUAACCGACGGAACACACGCCGACACAACGCACACCGACGCAGAGCAAGCCGACGCAGCGCAUGCCGGCCCCAUCAUCGCCAACGCAGCGCAGACCAGCCCCACCAUUGCCGACGCAGCGCAGGCCGGCGUCACCAUCGCCGACGCCGCCAUCGCUGACGCCGCCAUCGCCGACGCCGCCAUCGCUGACGCCGCCAUCGCUGACGCAGCACACACCAACCUGUAACACCCCUUCCCACCCCAC